GCAGGGGCAAACGGGGGAGGGAGGUUAGGGACGAGCAGCACAAAAUAAGGCGACGGGAGAGGAGAGACAAAAUCCCUCUUGUCUCUCUCUCCCCCUCCGUUUCGCAUCCUCCUAUCUGCUGUUGGGGAUUCGCCAUUGAAGAUGUUCGCCUCGCCCUUCUCCGUGACCUCUUCGCACAGCAGCGAGCAAGAGCCGGUUGCAAGGGACAGCUCUAUCAUCGUGGCCGUCGACCGGGACAAGAACAGCCAGCAGGCAGCAAAAUGGGCGGUGGAUCGGCUCCUGACCAGGGGCAGCAUGCUCCAGCUCGUCCAUGUCAGGGUUGAAGCAAACAAAGAUGAGGGUGACGAGAUAACACAGCUAUUUAUAUCAUAUAGAGGGUAUUGUGCUCGUAAAGGGAUGCAUCUGAAGGAGUUGAUCUUGGAUGGCAGUGACAUCUCCAAAGCAAUAAUUGACUAUGCCACUACCAAUGCGAUCACUGACAUUGUCGUCGGCGCAUCAACUAAGAACACAUUCAUCAGAAGGUUUAGAAAUCCCGAUGUCCCAACGUGCUUGAUGAAGAUGGCGCCUGAUUAUUGCACAGUACAUGUCAUCCACAAGGCAAAGGCCAUCCAGGUGAAGGCAGCCAAAGCUCCUGCACCCUUUACUACUCUCCCUCCAAAGCAACACUCCCAACCAAACAUAGAGUCUGAUGCCUCAAGGGCCUCAAGAGGAGACUGGAAGAAGACUUCUCAUACAUCGUCUCCAUUGGCAAGUAGUAGAAAUUCAGUGGACCGGUUAUCUGCCUAUGCAAAGGCCCCGUCGAGAGAUAGGCCUCUUACUGGAGCUAAGACAGCACCCCAGAAGGAUUUUGACGACUACAUCGAUUUCAUAGCACCACCGAGGCCCUCAGUGACUCGUAGCUCCUUUUCAGAUGACAUUGAUUUCGCAAUGAGCAUGGAGUUGCCAUCCAUAGACUUCGGUGAAUCCUUGGAGCUCUCCUCAGCGAUGUCCAUGGAAAGCCUAAGUUGUUCCGGGGAUGUGGAAGCUGAAAUGAGACGCCUGAGACUAGAACUAAAACAGACAAUGGAGAUGUAUAACUCUGCAUGUAAGGAAGCUAUUGAUGCCAAACAUAAGGCAGCACAGAUGCACCAGAUGAAGGUAGAAGAGUCCAAAAAGUACCAAGAACUACGGAAUGCAGAAGAGGAAGCUCUUGCGCUAGUUGAAAUGGAGAAAGCAAAGUGCAGAGCUGCACUUGAGGCAGCAGAAGCUGCACAGAAAAUUGCAGAGCUCGAGGCGCAGAAGAGAUUGAGAGCAGAAUGGAAGGCAAAGCGGGAGGCUGAGGAUAGGAAGAAAGCAACUGAUGCACUGAACAAAAAUGAUAUCCGGUACAGGAGAUACUCCAUUGAUGACAUAGAAGCUGCUACACAUAAGUUUGAUAAGGCGCUAAAGAUAGGAGAAGGUGGAUAUGGACCAGUAUAUAAAGCAGUACUGGAUCAUACUAAUGUUGCUAUUAAAAUCUUAAGACCAGAUGCAUCACAGGGACGGAAACAAUUUCAGCAAGAGAUUGAAGUGCUAAGCUGCAUGCGGCAUCCAAACAUGGUUCUGUUGCUUGGAGCUUGCCCAGAGUAUGGGUGCCUGGUGUAUGAAUACAUGGACUAUGGAAGCCUUGAGGACCGGCUCUGCAGACGAGGAAAAACAUUGCCAAUCCCAUGGAGCAUCCGCUUCAGGAUCGCCGCCGACAUUGCAACUGGACUUCUCUUCCUCCACCAAGCAAAGCCAGAACCACUUGUCCACCGGGACCUAAAGCCUGCCAACAUCCUCCUCGACCACAACUUUGUCAGCAAGAUCAGCGACGUCGGCCUUGCAAGGCUGGUGCCACAAUCCGCAGCCGAUGUCACACAGUACAGGAUGACAUCGACAGCUGGCACCUUCUGCUACAUUGACCCGGAGUACCAGCAGACUGGCAUGCUCACCACCAAGUCUGACAUAUACUCUCUUGGCAUCAUGCUGCUCCAGAUCAUCACGGCAAGAUCACCCAUGGGGCUCACGCAUCAUGUAGAAAAUGCCAUAGAGAGAGGAGCCUUCCAGGAGAUACUUGACCCGACGGUGACAGACUGGCCGGUGGAAGAGGCUCUGGAAUUCGCAAAGCUGGCAUUGCGGUGCGCCGAGCUACGGAAGAAAGACAGGCCGGAUCUUGGAAAAGAAAUCUUGCCAGAGCUUACGAGGUUGCGUAAUCUUGGGCAUGAUUAUGAGACUUCCCAGGUUAGCAGCGCAAGUACAAACUGUUCAAGCUCCGCACCAUACAGUUUCAAUAAUGAUGACAUCUAAAUACCAUGAGAACGAAUCUUCUGCCGGAUUAAGCAAAUCAGGCAUAAUUAUAACAGUAUAGAGCAUAGACAGACAUGGACAUGAUGAUCAGAAUUCAGUCCUAACUCAGAUGAGAUGAUCAUGGACUGCAGCGCCUGAUGAUGGGGCCUAACAUAGUUUCAGUCCACCAAACGAGAUUGUUAGCAUGUAGAUAAGGGGAGCAUACAAAGGAAACUUAUGGUGUGCAUGUGUGUAAAAUAUGUUAAUUUCAUUUUACUGUAACUGCAGCCUCAAGUUUUCAACUAUGGUUUGCCUCCAUUUUUUAAGUCACCAGCACGGUUCCUGAAAA